AUGACUACGACUACUACCACUACUACUACUACUACUACUACUACUACUACUACUACUACUACUACUACUACUACUACUACUACUACUACUACUCUUACUACUUCUGCUACUACUACUACUACUACUACUACUACUACUACUACUACUACUACUACUACUACUACUACUACUACUACUACUACUACUACUACUACUACUACUACUAGCAAACUACACUCGGAUGUAGAAAUCUAA